CUCCGAACACUCCUGGGUGGACCUGACAGCGAUGGAAGACAGCUCCGCGGAGAAGUCGCAAGAGAUGGACGCCACGCCCACCCUGACAGGGUCUCGAGGGAAAGCUUCGACCAGAACCCAAGGUACAAAAUCGGAUAAUGGCCCGGCUUCUAAACGACGUUGUGUCAGUACGGCAUGUAUUGCAUGCCGCAGGAGGAAAUCCAAGUGCGAUGGAAACCUACCGAGUUGCGCAGCCUGUUCCUCUGUCUAUCAUACAGCCUGCGUCUACGAUCCGAAUUCCGACCAUCGCAGGAAAGGUGUAUAUAAGAAGGACACCGACGCGCUGAGAACGAAGAACACAACCCUGUUGACGUUGAUACAAGCCUUACUGAAUUACGAAGAGGAGGAUGCAUUCGAUCUGGUUCGCCAGAUCCGGUCCUGCGAUAAUCUCGAAGAUGUUGCACAAUCGAUCCUCGGCCAAGGGAGAGGUUCCACGGCGGGCCCCGAGGACACAGCAGCUAGCGGGGAUGAAGCCCUAACGCAGGCUGAUCAGUUCGAGUCGGAGUUAGCAGGGAAGAUGAGUGAGCUUGUUUUGGACGGCUCCCGCAAGUUCAUUGGGGGCACGUCGAAUCUCAUUUUUUUGCCUCCCGGGUCGGAGCUGAACGAAUUUAGACCAUCUCUAGGUGCCCAGGAACUGGACCAGGGCCACGGUGAUUAUUCCGUCACACAGUGGACUCGUGUUACCCAGGAUGAGAGACUGAUCAGUCAUCUCAUGACAAUGUACUUUACCUGGCAUUAUCCGUUCUUCACGACUCUCUCCAAGGAUUUAUUCUAUCGGGACUAUAUACGUGGCGUGCCCAGCCAGUACUGUUCGACUUUGCUCGUCAAUGCAAUGCUAGCGCUCGGUUGUCAUUUCAGCUCCUGGGAAGGCGCUCGGGAAGAUCCAGAGAAUUCUGCCACAGCGGGCGAUCAUUUCUUCAAAGAGGCCAAGAGGUUAUUCUUCGAGAACGAUGAACAUGCGAACGCAAAGCUAUGCACCGUACAAGCGCUGGCUCUGCUGUCGGUGCGUGAGGCGGGUUGUGGCCGCGAAAGCAAGGGCUGGGUCUACAGUGGGAUGAGCUUCCGGAUGGCCUUCGACUUGGGCCUCAACUUUGACUCCACCAGUCUCGGGGCGCGGGAUCUGGGCGAAGAAGAAGUGGAUGCACGCCGAAUAACAUUCUGGGGUUGCUUUUUGUUCGAUAAGUGCUGGUCUAAUUACCUUGGUCGACAGCCCCAAUUGAUGGGAUCUAGCAUUAGCGUGCCGAAAGUGGAUAUUUUGCCUAAUGAGGAAGCUGAACUAUGGUCCCCAUACAUGGAUACCGGAGUAGGUCGUGAGCACACUCAGCCGUCGCGAAUUCGAGCUGUUGCUUCUCAGAUCUUCCGGCUGUGCGAGAUCAAUGGUGACCUGCUUGUGUUCUUUUAUGACCCGACUCCGAAGGAGAAACCUUCCACUAAGCAGGCGGAACUCAAGAAACUCAGCGAUCUUCACACCCGGCUCGAAGCCUGGAAGAAAGAUCUACCAAAAGAACUUAGACCACAAGAGGGGCAGCUCCCUCAGGCACUUUUGAUGCAGUAAGUUUCAUGGUUUGGGCUGCUGAUGCAUUAAGCUGUUUCACUGACGGACCGAAAGUAUGUUCUACCAG